AUGGAGGCAUCUCCCACUGAUCAACAUGAUGUUCCCAUCCAAAUAUCCAUCUCAGAUGUUACUUCAAUCGACAGCGAACCAUCAAGCCCACCAACCAUCAGCUUAAAAGUAACACUGCGUAACACCUCGGACAAACCUGUCUCCUUUCUUCGAUGGUCUACUCCCUUCGACAUACGAGCUGUUCCUAUGGGAAUAUUUAAAUUUCAAUCCGUCGCAAGUGGAGAUUUUGCACCUUGUCUAGAAUUGAAACUCAACCGAAAGAUUCCAAGAGAAGGUGUUUUCUCGGAUGAUGAUAUAAUUACCAUUGACGCGGGUGCCGAGGAAUCGAAGACUAUCGAGAUAAAGGCUCCUGAGGUUGUGUUGGCAAGAGGAGAGAAAGAGGAUUUUGAGAGUGAGGGUGUAGAAAUUGAGGUGUAA